GAAGGACAUUUUAGUUUCGGAAGUGUGACGUUUCAUCCCAAUAAAAUGAUCAAAGAUGUGAAAUUAUAGGGCAUUGUUGCUGAGUAAAAACGCAUAAUAUAACCUACAGUGGAUGGGCAAGCAGUACUCGUCUCCUAGAAUCAGAGAAUAGUGCCGUUAAAUGUGCUUGGGUUUGGAUACCUCUCUGUCUGCAAGUUUCUGCACCAUUACCACUGGGUUCAUCAAGAAUUAAAUGUAGUUAACAUCAGUUUCUUAGACUAGAAGUUGAUGUGCCCUGUUCAAUUUGAAUCUGUCCUGAUUUUCUUGUGCCAACCUGAUGGAAAAUUUUAAAGUGAAGCUGGAAAUCGCUGGUGAUAUAGCACCUUGUUUCAGACAGAUGUUUACCAGUUAUGGAGGAUAAGAAAUCUGACAUGCCGAACAGUUGUAUCCUGUUACAUCUGUGGAUGCUCUCUGGUGCCACAGAAAAGUGGUUGUUGUCUAGUGGUGAGAUCUGAAUAGUGAAACUUCAAAAGUUGCUGGUGGUCGGAGACAUGUACCCACAAUGCCCUCUGCCACAUCACAUCACGGCACUGUAUGUGGUCGCCGUUGCCAGUUGUGUGGCACUAUUCGGCCAUGGUGUUGCUCUCGUGGGUGCAGAUGUUCUGGUAUAUUCAGCGAAUUACCAUGAAGAACCUGAGAUGGAAUUGAAAGAUGCUGCCGCACAUUUUGGAGAAUCACUGCCUGUAGAAGGUUUGAAAGGUCUGGUUGUGUUGGCCAGCCCUGAUGAGAAGGCCUGUUCAGAUAUUAAACCACCACCAGAUAGUUUUCCCAACUACUUGGGAAAUUGGAUAGUGCUUAUACGUCGCUGUGGCUGUUCGUUUGAAGAUAAGGUGCGGGCAGCACAGAAUGCUAACUACAGUGCUGCCAUUGUUCAUAAUGUGAAUUCAAGUGAACUGGUACCUAUGUCAGCCAAGAAUCCAGAGGGUAUCUUCAUCCCAUCUGUGUUUGUGGGUGCAGAGGCAGGCAUGGUUCUGAAAGAAGACUACCAGUAUAAAGAUGGAUAUUUUGUUGUAAUUAAUGAUGAGGUGCCUUUCAACAUCAACACGCAUCUUUUGUUGCCAUUUGCUAUUGUAGUGGCAAUUUGUUUCCUUGUCAUGGUUGUCUUUAUGGUUGUGAAGUGCAUUAAAGACCAUCGCCGGCAACGCCGUCAUCGUCUCCCCAGUUCUUCUUUACGCAAGAUUCCAACAGCCAAAUUCUCAAAGGGUGACCCAUAUGAAACAUGUGCAAUCUGUCUUGAGGAUUAUCAGGAAGGAGAGAAGUUGCGUAUAUUGCCCUGUGCUCAUGCCUACCAUUCAAAGUGCAUAGACCCAUGGUUGACUCGAAACCGGCGAGUGUGCCCUGUCUGCAAGAGAAAGGUAUUUGCUGAAGGCGAGCGUGUGUCAGAAACGGAAAGUGAGAGUGAUGCAGAUGACACAACCCCACUGAUUCGACCCAGCUCAUAUGGAACUCAGGGAGGAACAUUUAUGCCUCAGAGGGAAAAUCCAUUCCAACGAGCAGCAAGACGACAGCAGAGAUCCAGUUCCUUAUCGUCAUCUUCCACAACAGGUGACAAUAGUGACAGCACCAGUAGCAAUACUACCACUGGCAGCAACACCCCAUCACCAUCACAUACGCAGGAGCAGCAUAGUGCCAUUCAUAUGAGAGAACAGGAUGAACAAGAAGGAGAUCAAGUAGAAGAAGAAACCCUAGCCUUUACAUUGGCGUCAGUGGGUGAACAUUCCAUUAACAGUGCUUCAGAAUCUCAAGAGGCUUUGGAUACUCAUGUGGAUGCUACGGCCAUGGUAGUCACUCCCGCUUCUGCUGCCAUUCCUUCUAGCAGGAAUACGUCUUCUGGUGACAGGAAGCCAGAUCUUGUUGUGUGAUAGGACUGGCUAAUGGUUAGCCAUUGGGAACCAAGGUGCUUAUAUAGCCAAAGAAAUUUGUAUAUAAGUGUGUGUCCCAGGUGAUUAUUUUGUUUUGGACAUGUAGGUUGGUUAGCCUAAUGGAAGAGAACAAGGAACAAUGUGUGUGGGGCAUCUCUCUCUCUCUUAGAAAUGUACAUACCUUGUAUUCUGCAGUGUUAUGAUGUGGUACUUUAGAAGUGCUUAGAAUUUUCCCUCUUUUUCAAAUAGGCCGUUGCAAGACAGUUUGUAAGGCAGUAUGCUGUAAUUACUAGAUUCUGCCAUUUAUAGUGUCCUGUCUGUGUUUUAGUUUUAUUUUGUUGAUAGUGGUAAUAUCCAUUUUAAAUAUUUGCUGUUAACUAUAUUUGUAGGCUUGUAACAAAAAUAUUUAUGCUGCAGGAAUAUUUCUGAGACCAGUGGAUGAAAGUGAAGUUGGAUAUCUGUUUAAGAGAGAACAAUUGCUAUUAUAUUUAUGUUGGUAGUAUAUCAUAUAGACAUGGCAUGAAUGUUUUAAGCUAUACUGAAACUCUUCAGGACUUUGGGAUUUUAUAGUCAUAACAGAACAGCAGGGACUUGUUCUUGCCAGUGUCACAAAUUUUAUAUGGUUUUAUGGUGAAUCAUGAUUUGCUUUAUUAACCCUUUUAAGACCGAAUUAAAUGGCAACACAUAAUUUUGAAGCUGGUGGAUUUUUUCCAGACCUUUUAUUCUUGAUUGCAUAAAUGUCAGGAGGGUGGGAAUAACAUCAUCCUAAGUGUUUGGUCUUGAGGUGUCAACUAAAAACUGCAUGAAAGAACAUAAAUCAUGCAGAGUGUAUAUAGUAAAAUAAAUACUCAGUUCAGAAUAUAGUAACAUUUUUUGUCAAUUUGUUUGAAACAAUAUUCUGUAGUCCAGUAAGAGGGCAGAAAUAGUGUAAAUACAUAUGUGUGGUUUGUGGUACAUUUUCAUAUGUAGGUUGCUGUUUUAUGGUACAGACUGUGUAUGCCAUCUCAUAAAAUAUCUGAAUUAUCAUGUGCUGAUACACAACAUACAGGUUAUGAUCAUCUUACUGUUAUACAGUCAUUGUGCUUGCAGCAUUCAUUCAGAGAACUUGGCAAGAAUAAUAUGCUAUUGGAAAGUUCCCAGACUAGGUCAGAAAAGAAAUGCUGGCUUAACUUGUUCAAUUUUGGCUGCCAUCUCCUUCAAAUAGUCUCUCUGGGAAUGUAUACAGCAAUCACAGUGGGGCUAAGUCAGGUGAGUGGGAAGGAAGGGGAAUUAUAACCAUGUUGUUACUCACAGACUCUGUGGUUUUCAGGGAUGUGUGGACGAGAGCGUUAUCAUGAUAAAGGAGCCAGUUGUGGUUACGCCAAAGUUCCGGUCUUUUUUGUUGCACAUUUUCUCUCUCAAGUGUCUCAAAACGUCACAGUAAAAGUCAGAGUUGACCAUAGUGUUAGGAGGAACAAUUUCAUGGUGAACAAUCCCUUU